AUGGUGAAACACUAUUUUUCAGAGGCGGCUGCCAAUCACUUAGUGCCUCGAGCACUGCGUUCCCUUGUCGCUGCAAACCCCCAUCUCAUCCUCAACGAAGCCGAGAGAGUCGUAGCCAAUGGCUAUCACGACCCUUCAAAAGUCGCAAUCAUCAGUGGUGGCGGUUCAGGUCAUGAACCUUCAUGGAGCGGUUUUGUAGGCGAAGGUCUACUAUCUGCAGUAGCAUGCGGUGAUAUCUUUGCGUCGCCAAGUACAAAGCAGAUCUUGGCCGCUAGAAGGCUUGCACCUUCGACCAAGGGAACAAUAUUCCUUAUCACCAACUACACUGGAGAUAGACUUCACUUUGGUCUUGCUGCUGAAAGGUCAAAGGCGGAUGGAUCAGGGGAAGAUUAUCUCGUCCUCCCUGCGACAGAUGAUGUUUCUAUCGGGAGGAGCAGAUCUGAACGCGUCGGCAGGAGAGGAAUGCCCGGCCAUGUGUUAACGAUGAAGACCCUUUGCGCUGCAGCCGCAGAGAACUGGUCUUUCGAACAAUGCGUAUCCCUCGGCCGAGCCGUCAACGAUCAUACAGUCUCAAUUGGCUCGUCCCUUGACCACUGCCACGUUCCCGGUCGACAGUACCAAAAGAUCUCCGAUGAUGUCUGCGUUAUCGGAGCUGGGAUUCACAACGAGCCAGGACAACAACUUGUAUCUCCUUUUCCGCCUGUUGAGGAAGUCAUCAAGUCCCUGUUGGACCUACUAUGCAGCCAGAACGACCACGAAAGAGCCUUUUGUAAAUUUGACAACGACGACGAGGUUUUACUGCUUGUUAAUAACUACGGCGGUCUUUCCAAUCUUGAGCUUGGUGCUUUGUUGGACGAGAUUCAACAGCAACUCGCAUCAACAUGGUCGAUCAAACCAGUUCGAUGCUUGUCGGGGUCUUUUGAGACAUCUCUAAAUGCCCCCGGAUUCUCCAUCUCCCUCUGCAACAUAUCAGCUGCUGCAAAACAGUGUCAAUCAACAACUUCCACAUUACUCGAAUUAUUCGACCGACCUACGACUGCUGUUUCCUGGCCCAACCUCGUCAGACCGUCGCCAAAGCAAACUCCCACUGUUCAACACCAAGCGAAUGGCCACGUCAAUGGAAAGGUUGCAGCCACUUCUGUCGAAAAGUACGAUUCAGUGGACCCAUCAGUGCUUGAGGCUAGCAUCCGAAGAGCUUGCGAAAAAGCCAUUGCUGCUGAACCAAAGCUCACUAAAUGGGACAUAAUGAUGGGCGAUGGAGACUGCGGAGACGCCGUCAAGGGUCUCUGUGAAUCUGUCCUUCGCAAACUAGACGAAGGUGUUGGCACCUCUGGUUCCGUUGUGUCCUUCCUAGAAGCAAUCACCGAUACUGUUGAUGAUAUGGGCGGCACGCUGGGAGCUAUCUUGGGUAUUCUCCUCACAGCUUUCAACAACGCCCUUAAGAGGCGCCUGAAAGAAGUUGGACAAGAAGGACUUUCAGAAACAUACGCCCCCGCUCUCAACACAGCCGUCGAAUCACUUAAGACAUGCACUACAGCAAGAGAAGGAGAUCGUACUGUUAUGGAUGUUCUGAUGCCGUUUACGGAUGAGUUUGUCAAGACCAAAAGCUUUGGAAUGGCAGUUUCAAAAGCGCAGGAAAAAGCAGAAGCGACGGCGUUUCUAAGACCAAAGCUUGGGAGGGCAUUGUAUGUAGGCGAGGCGAGUGAACAGCAGGUACCUGAUCCAGGAGCUUGGGCGUUAUAUGAGAUGUUGUCAGGGAUGCAAGAAGUCUUAGGGAAGAACUAG